AUGAACCAGACGUCCUUCUUUUCCUUCUUCCUCUUCCUCAGCUUCACGUUUUCCUCCUUUGGGCUCGAUCCCGCCGCCCUUAAAGUCCGGAUCACCAGCCAUGCCCUGAACAUCUUGAGAGACGAAGCUCUGGCCAUGUUUCAGGAGCAAGUGGAAGGAAAAGUGUUUGAAGGUUUCCAGUCUAAUACGUGUGGAAUCACCAAUGUGAGGUUAACUGGGAUCAACGUCAAUCAAGCUCAUCUUUCGUUCGUGGAGAACUAUGGCUUCCAGUUCAUGAUUCAGAACUUCGGCUUUACCUUGAACUUUGACGCCACCUUUAAUCUUUGCUUCUUUCAAUUAAGGAUGUCUCCAGAAUUCAUCCUUAGAGGCGUAGCCGCCAACAUGGAGGUUGGUCUGGUCAGAAACCGUAACGGAGGGCUGGCAGCUGACAUGAGGGCCUGCCAGGCUUCAGCCGACCAAAUUGGAUUUGUUGGAACAACGCGAUUCGAGAAUCUUGAGGCGAGAGCUCGAAGACUUGCGGCCUCCUUCAUCUCCACUGGGUUCUGCCCCGUUUUCAAGAGAAUUGCUCCGUUUUUUGUGAACAUACUGCUGAACAGGAUUCCAAUGGUUGCACCGCUACCCCUCGACCUGGGCAUCAACUUUGACUACACCCUAACCAGAGACAUCCAAGUGACAGCUACAAGCCUGGACGUGGCUUUUAAAGGCCAGGCGUACAGGGAGCAACAGCCCCCUCCUGUGGUGAAAAAAGUUGUGGAGCCGGUUUUCACAGAGGACACCAUGAUGGCUUAUAUAGGCCUCUCUGAAUUUUUCUUCAACUCUGCAGCCAAUUGCCUCUACGAAGCAGGAUCCCUAUCAAAAAACUUUGACACGAUUGACUCAAAGGUCAUGAAGUUCGCUUUAAGAGUCAAGCAGUUCUUCACACAACCGCGGAACCUGGACGAACCUCUGAAAGCUGAGGUGGGGCUCACCGAAGCGCCAACCAUCAGCAUCACCCAGUGUGACGGUUUCGUCUUCAACAUGAGACUCAGAGUUAAGGUCAUGGCCCCUGAAACCCAAACGCCCGACGUCUUCUCCGUGUCCGCGGUUUGCCCCGUCAGCAUGAUGGUUACUAUUGAUGGGAAUCGUCUCACUUUGCCUUCAAAAGACAUCAACUGUCGAAUUGAAACCAAAAAUAAAGUUAGAAAAGUUCUGGUAGUUUUUCUGAACAACAAGGUGAACAAGGAAGCCACAAAGUUCCUGUCAGGUUGGUUUGGUGAAGGAGUUGAGAUUCCAUUUCCUCCAGAAAUUAACUUCAUCCAGGGAAACAUCCAGUAUGAAGAUGGCUACGUGGUGGUGGGGGGAGACCUGCGCUCCACUCCAGCUGGGAGGCAGAAAGUGGCAGAAAUGGUGAGGGGUCCUGGGAGAUAAACGGCUCAGACCAGAACCUUCCUGUGCAGAACCAGAGCCUUGUUCAGCAAUAAAACCAUUCAGCAUCCCAGA